AGGAGCAGAGCAAGUGCAGAGGCUGCAUUCCAUCUAGAGAUUCUUAAGAUUAGGAGGACUGGUAUCUAAAGUGUGUCAUCAAGAAAAAGUAAAUGUGAGAAAACGCCUGCAAAUCUUUUUUCAGUUUUCUUAUAAAGGUGGCAAAAUGUUACAAAAGAAAAAAAAGAUUGCAGCCCACGAGUAACUAGAGAUGCAAGCGACCAUGCAGGAAUGCUGAGACAACUCUCUCAAAAUGGUUUCCCCGACACCCCAGUUUCCUUUCUUGAUAAGCACUCUGAGUCUCUGUACAGUCCUUGUACCCCUCGCUGCAGCUAAACCCCACAACAGCACCCUCAUCUACCACAACAACAACAACAGCAUCCGCAACUGCAGCUGCGCCUCCAGGGUCGAGGACUGCAACAAAGCCCAGGCCAACAUGCUGUGCAGCUGCAGGACGGUCCCUCUGUCCAGCAUCACAGGCAGCACAGGGUUUACCUAUCAGGGGGGGCUGACUGUUUGGCUGAAAGACCCAUGGGUACUCAGGCUGCUGGUUAACUACAGUUCUGUGCCUGAUCUCAGGCUUGCCGCAUGUGGGUUCAAUCCCCUCCCCGCCGAGUACCUGACCGUGUUCGGAUUAAAGAGGUUGAGGAUAUACAACAGCGCCGAGGGGGUGGAGUUCCCAGAGCAAGGUCUCAGCAUAGAAGGCUUGGAGAAAGCUAGAGGCAAACAAAGACCAUUGCCUCAAGAGACCCCACACAUGUCCUUCAUGGUUUCCUUUCUGGACCUGGCCCUACUUAACGGUGCCUCUUCUCUUAAAGCCUACAGUGUGAAACAUCUCCCCAGCAUUGGGGAAUAUUUCCCAAACCUCCUCUUCCCCAGCCCCUUUGAGCCAGCUGACGGCCAACACUGCCUUGUCACCUUCAUCUACUAACAUUAAACUAAUAAUUUAAAAAAAAAAAAUGUUUUAUGAAUCACCAGCGUUAGAAAGGCAAUUGAGAACCAUGUGAUAUGUCUCCAUUGAACAUAAAUGAUGUGAAUUUUCUGUAAAGC